AUGUCAACAGCAACGGCGCCUCGUCCCUCCGCUAACGGGCUUACGAGCCGUGCCAACGGGCACGCAAACGGUAACGGUCACAGCAACGGGAACGGUAAUGGCAAGGCGUCGCCACUCUCCGAGGGCGCGGAGACGCCGGGCUUUGUGCCCAAUGCGCCGGCCAGCGUUCUCCACUCGUCGCAGGUCACUCUCCAGUCGCUGCUUUACGAGAGCGGCGCGGGUGAUGGCGUCAACGGCUCGGUCGACGACUGGCCUCUGCCCGAAGACCUUGACAUGUCGCGCCCCGUCUCCGAGCUCCUCCGCAAGGGCACGCAGCGCGCGCACACCAACGCCGAGAACUCGGACGGCGCAACCGCCCUCACGGCCGGCAAGCUCGAGAUGCGCGACGCCCUCGAGACUGGCCUCGACGCGCACGCCACCAACCCGGUCCUCGCAGGAACUUACAACCCCAAGCUCCUCGCCCGUGCUGGCACCCUCGCCGCCGACAUCCGCUUCCUCCUUAAGCGGAUGGGCCACGACGACUCGCCGGUCCGCACCGACAUCGUCCCCACCCCUCCCUUCCCUCUUCCUGCCUUCCUCGCCGAGGUGUUCACCACCACCGCCCCUCCUCUCAAGGUCUACAUCGACCGCCUGCGUGAGCUUGCGGCGACUCCUGACCAGGCGCCCCGCCUCCUCGCCCACGCGUACGUGCGUUACCUCGGCGACCUGAGCGGUGGACAGAUCAUCGGCGCGCGCCUCCGCAAGGCGUACAACCUCGACAACCUCGACGGACGCAUGUUCUACUUCUUCGACCUGGAUGGCGACCGGACUGCCGCCGAAACUGGUGACGAGACCGUCGGCGACCGCAAGAAGAAGCUGUUUGCCGUCAAGGGGUGGUACCGUGACGGCAUGGAUGGUGGCGUCGGUGACGACAAGGCGCUCAAGGUCGCCCUCGUCAAGGAGGCCAACCUCGCGUUCAUCCUCAACACCCACCUCUUCUCGCUUAUCAACCCGCCCAAGCCCAAGGCCGUCGAGCCGCGGUACUACGAGACGAUUGCGGCUAAGCGCGCGGCCGAGGAGGCUGCCAAGCCGCCCAAGACGCUCAAGCACCACCUCAUCACGCUGGUGUACGUCAUCUUCUCGGUGCUGUUGGGCAUGAUCAUCUUCAACGUCGUCUGGCCCAAGGCCGAGCCGUACGUCGUCGAGUACGGAACGCCCGUGUGGGAGACGUACGGUGCGCCGUACUUUUACGGCUCGUUCGUGCCGUGGUGGAACGAGAGCUUUGUGCCGUGGUGGGACAACCAUGCUGCCCCGCUCUUUGCUCGCCUGACUGUCAACCAGAGGCGUGCGCUGUUUUAG